AUGCAGAACAAGUUCAUCACUGCCGCCACCCUCCUGAGUGCCAUGGCAUCAGUCCAGGCAUCUCCCGUUUCUAUCUCCAAGCGAGACGUUCUCACAGCCCUUCCUGGAGGCGCUUCUGACAUUGAGAACAAGUUCCAGCCUGCUCUUGACUUCGACAGCGACGGCUGCUACCAGACCGCCGCCAUCGAUCCCUCUGGCAACUUGAAUCCUGGUCAUGGUGCCACUGGUACUCCCCAGGGAGACUGUCGUGAUCCUCCACAGCUUGACAACAGCAACACCUAUUCUCGCAAGCGCUGCAACAAUGGCUUCUGUGCUAUUAUGUAUGAGACCUACUACGAGAAAGACCAAGCCGUUGGUGGCAGCUUUCUUGGAGGUCACCGCCACGACUGGGAGAACAUCGUCGUUUUCACCCAGGGUGACAAUGUCGUCCGCGUGGCUCCCUCGUGCCACGGCAAAUACGACGGCGCAAGCAACAAGUUUCCCAGCGACGGAAGCACCCCUCUUCUCGUCUAUCACAAAGACGGUGCCGGAACUCACUGCUACCGCUUCGCCAACGACGACGACCAGGCCAACCCCGAGAACCCUACUGGUUCUUUCUUCAAGGCUCCUCUUGUUGGUUGGGAUAACUGGCCUGAUGUUGGCCUGCGAGACAAGAUGCUGCAGAACUGGAGUGGUGGCGUUGGACCUAAGCUGGAUGAUGAAUUUGGUGACUCGCUCAAGGCGGCUGCUGGUGAUGGUGUUCAGGGCUUCGAUCCUUACAAGGAUGAGUAA